AUGCUCAAAUUGGGAGAGUAUGAAAAAUUCCCGAUUUACGUUAUGAAUUCAUCUGGGAGUGAUCGAUACAACACUAUAAGGGCUUUACAAAAUGUGAAACCAGUUGUAAUCAUUAUGUACAAUACGGAUCUUGCUGUUUUAAGACAAGUUGAGCUAUAUCAUGCACUCAAUAGUGAAUACUGUCUUUAUUUUUACUUGUUACAGUAUGCGGAAUCGACAGAGGAAGAGAGAAAUGAAGUCGAGAAUUUGCUAGUCAGUAGAGAGUACGAUACAAUCAGAGAAGAAGCCCCAAGACUAUCGGUUUCGACUUUGAAUGCCGGUGGAUUUGAGGAAGGAACAUUGCCUCCACCCAAAAUUAUCGUUGAUAUGCGAGAAUUUAACAGUGAAUUGCCAACGAUUUUAUACAAAAAGGGCUAUGAUGUGGUGGCUGCAACACUCGAGGUUGGUGAUUACGUUUUGUCGCCGGGAAUGACCGUUGAAAGAAAAGCUCUCGAUGAUUUGACCCAAUCUUUGCAAAGCGGUCGUGUGUUUAAACAAACUGAACAGAUGCUCAGACAUUAUGGAUCGGCCUUUUUGUUAAUUGAGUCAAACAUGCGUUUUGAGCUAAAAAUCGUCAAUGGAGGGCCAUUUCAGCUUAAUGCCUCCGAUCCGGAUAUCGAAAAAGCAAUAGCGCUUCGUGGUGACGAUGUGAAUGAAGAUGAUGAUCAAACGAAUCGAAACAAUGGCAAACUAAAUACAACUCUUUUACGUCACUUAUCGGAAAAACUGCCGAAGUUCAACAAGACUUUGGCUCAAAAACUGAUGAUCUCGGAUUCCUCGUAUGUUCAUCCCGUCGGUGCCGCUCAG